UGUCCUUGCCUAACGGUUUAUUUUCUUUGAUGAGCAUAACGAAACCACUUUACCUGACUGAAACUUCUUAUCUUCUCCCCCAUUCCCUCUUAUUCUUCACCUCUCCCUCAGCAGAUAUACUUCUCAUAUUAGCAGUGUGCCUUGCCCGCGAGUAAUCCCCUCUCCCACCAGCAAAGUUAACUCGCGGAUCACAGCACCAGUCUGUCAAGGCGCCCGCCCCCUCGUCGUAUGUAGCCGGAGCUGUCCCGGACAACCACAAGUCACCGACCGUGUUAUCCAGUAUCGCCCCGCGCUUUGGCAACCCUUGAUCCGGUCAUCAUGGCAUCCAAUGGCGCAGUAGCUGUCGCCACGCCGGAUGCAGUCCUGGCAGCAAUGCUGACUAUGCGCGGCGGGGAUGCGGACAAGAAGAAGGCAGCAAUGGACUACCUCUCCAAGUUCCAGAAGUCGACAGAUGCUUGGACCACAACCAUAGCGAUCCUGCAGUCCCCCGCCGAAGCUGAUGCGCAACUAUUUGCGGCGACAACGUUAAAGGGAAAGAUUACCUAUGACCUAUCGACUCAGGUCCCCGAGAGCGACUUGCCCGCCCUACGAGAUCAGAUCUUGCUGCUCCUCAGGCACUUUGCGUCGGGUCCCAAGCCUGUGAGGGUCCAGCUUUGCGUAUGCCUGGCGAUAUUGGCCAUCCAGAUGAGGAGUUGGAAGGAUGUCCUGCAGACAGUUGUGGCCUCCCUUGGUUCCGACGUCCAGAGCCACGCAUGCAUCCUGGAUUUCCUACGAGUGCUGCCCGAAGAGGUCACGGAAGGCCGAAAAAUCACCUUGUCUGAAGAAGAACUUGCCCAGAGGACAAGCGAGUUGCUGGCAGACAACGCGGACCAGGUAGUUCAACUACUCAUCGACUAUGCCCAGUCAUCAGCGGCUGCUGCUACGAACCCUCAGCUCUUCGAGUGCAUCACCUCGUGGCUCCGCGAGGUGCCUGUCAGCACCAUCGCUGCAUCUCCACUCCUGAAUGUCGUCGUAAAUGGUCUGGCCCAUGACCAGUCACUCGAGUCAGCGGCUGAAUGCUUAGGGACCAUUUGUCGCGAGACGCGGGACGUGGAUGAUAAUCUUGAGACGAUCAAAAUCCUCCUACCGCGUGUCAUCGAGCUGCAGCCACGCAUCCAGAAGGUCGCUGAGGACGAGGAUACCGAGGCUUUCAAAGCCUUCACCAGAGUAUUUGCCGAUGCGGGUGACUCGUGGGCUGUGCUUAUUGCUCGCGAGCCCACACACUUCCGACCCCUCGUCGAUGCCCUUCUGGAGUGCGCCGCGAGGGACAAGGACCGCGACGUGAUCGAAUACACCUUUAAUUUCUGGUACGAGCUGAAGCAGUAUCUUACUCUGGAGCGGUAUAUCCACGCAAGAGUGGAGCUCCUUGAUGUCUAUUCGAAACUCGUCGACAUCCUCCUUAAGCACCUGGAGUAUCCCCAAUCCGAGUCUAAUAACGAGCUCGACCUGUUUGACGGCGACCGCGAGCAAGAGGAAAAGUUCCGGGAGUUCCGCCACCACAUGGGCGACACUUUGAAGGAUGCUUGCGAGGUCAUGGGUGUGACGGAGUGCCUGACGAAGGUGCUCGACGCAAUCAAAUUAUGGAUGCAGAAACACGGCGGCCAAGCGACGCAUACUUCCGUGCCGCAGUGGCAAUCGCUCGAGGCACCUCUAUUUUCCAUGCGCGCCAUGGGUCGGAUGGUCGACAAAGAGGAGAAUGCCGUCCUUCCUCAGAUCAUGCCCCUGUUGGUCCAGAUCCCCAGCCACGAGAAGUUGCGGUUCGCCGCCAUCAUGGUCUUCGGCCGCUACACCGAGUGGACGGCAGCACAUCCCGAGUUCCUCGAGCCCCAGUUCACUUACAUCGUUUCAUCAUUCCAAACCGAGUCCCCCGAGAUCAUUCGCGGUGCUGCGCAAUCCAUCAAGUUUUUCUGUACCGACUGCAAGCAUCUGCUAGGCGACCAAGUUCUCCAGCUUCAGAUUUUCUACGAUCAGAUUCUCGACAAGCUCCCAGAGCCCAGCCAGGAAGAGAUCACCGAGGGCGUCGCCAAUGUGGUUGGAGUUCAGAAGCCCGAGGACAUUUACAAGCUCCUCAAACUUUACUGUGACCCUCUCGUUUCGAGGCUCAUGGUCAAGGCCAACAAUGCAACGGAUAAGGAAGGCAAAUUGGCAGUGGCUGACCACCUUGAAUUGAUCAAGAUAUUCAUCCAAUACGUCAACCCCUAUAUCCAGGAGGGCCAAGAGAAUCCGGCCGUCAAGUAUUGGCAGGAAGUGUUCCCCGUUCUCUCCACGGUCCUGGAUAACUUUAUCGACUUUGUCCCGAUUUGCGAGAGGGUCUGCAGAUGCUUCCGGUUUAUUGUUCUCGCCUACCGGACAGCCAUGAUCCCCCUUCUAGCACCCAUGGCCAACAAGCUGGCCGAGAGCUUUGCAGCGUCCAAACAAGGCUGCUUCCUUUGGGUGACUAGUGCGAUCCUGCGCGAGUUUUCCGAGGACCGUGAGCACGUGGACGAGAGCAUUUCGGAGAACAUCUACGCCUUCUUCGAGGCCCAGGCCACAAAUGUCCUUCGGGUUAUGAGCGACCUCCCCCCUGCCGAGCUUCCCGAUGUCAUUGAGGAUUUCUUCCGCCUCCUCCUCGAUGCAUUGCUCUACUACCCCCAGAAGCUGGCCCCAUCCCCACUCUUCGUCCCCAUAUUCCAGGCUGCCAUCUCCGCCCUGACUCUAGAGCAGCGGGAUCCGCUGUCGGUCGUCCUACACUACAUUAGGGAUGUCCUCACCUACGGCGGUGAGAACCCGGCCGCAUCGGGUGUGCAGCUUGGCCCUGCCGGAGAGCACGUUCAACACGUCGUUAAGCAGUUGCUACUCUCCCACGGAGAGGCCUUGGUCAAGCAGACCAUGGCUGGAAUGAUGAUCACAUUCCCGCGCGACUGCUUUGCGGACGGUAGUGGCGUCCUGCUCGGCAUGUUCGAGCUUCUUCCUACGCAGACAACUGAGUGGGUUGAUCGGACCAUCCAUCUCCUUCCCCCGGGGACCGUGAGCCCCGUCGAGUCGAACAGACUCAUGGUGAAGAUUAAGGAGAAGCUUGUUACUUCCGACCCAAGUACCCUUAGAGGGGUGCGCGUUCUCCUUCAAGACUUCACCAAUACUUAUCGACGGCGGUAUGUUGCCCCGAGAGACGGCCUGGGUGAACUGGAGGCGACACGAUUCCACUUCGAAGGCUAGAGUGAUGGUGUGAGAUCUUAGGCCCGUGGGAGACUUUUCAAGGCAUGGGUACACGGGUGGGAAUACUUGGUCACCGAAGACUCCAAACGCCAGAGGCCACAGCAAUACCAUUCUAGGCCUACAGAAAGGCGCGGCACCGACGCAUUUGCUAAAAUGGCACGACUGGGUUGACGACGGAGAGAACAUAGAGCGAUGUGAGGGACUCCGUUGCGCCGGGAAAAAGGGGGGCGGGGGCGGGGGUCCACAUCAACAAAAUCAGUAAUAAAUGCAUAUGACGAGAGGGAACGGCAUUGCGCGGCUAGUGGGAAGCUCUUUACUUUGACCUGGUGGCUGGAGGACGUGUAGAUACAGGGAAUAGGAAAUGGGAGUGGUUGCAAGGCCGUCCGUCUGUGAGACGUGAGCAAGGUGGAGGGGCAGUCCGAUGACGGGUCCUCCUUUCCCGCUUCGUGUCCGGGAUGGA